AUAAACAAACAAACUAUUACUAUUUUCUAUUCACUACUAUCCCUCCCUGUGGAUAAAAAGAAAAGUUGAAAAAUCCAAAAAAAGAAACAAAGGAAAAUCACAUUCCCUAAAAAUCCGGUAAAUCCGUUUUCCAUCAAUUGGCUUUUUCCCUCCACAUUUCUCACUUUCCACCCGAUUUCAACCAAUGGGUCACGGCCACCCUGUCCUCCUCCUAUCCCUCUCCCUCCUCCUCUUGUCAUCCGCCACAGCCGACGAUGGCUCCGCCAUUAUAAAACUAGCCAACUCCAUAACCCCGCUACCCGCCGGCUGGUCCACAAAAUCCUCCACCGGUUUCUGUUCCUGGCGUGGCAUAAAAUGUGAUUCUUCCAGCACAAGAGUCACCUCCAUUUCCCUCUCAAAACUCAGCAUCUCAGGCACUCUUCCUCCAGAAAUCUCUGCCCUUUCUGAACUACAAUCUCUCACUUUUCAGGACAACCAGCUUUCUGGGGCUAUCCCAUCUUUCGCUAACUUAACAAAUUUGCAAACAAUUCUCUUGGACUCCAACAAUUUUACAUCCAUAUCUCCUGGUUUUCUUCAAGGGUUAACGAGUUUGCAAACGUUAAGCGUUGGAGACAAUGUUAAUUUAUCUCCAUGGAUGCUUCCAACUGAUUUAGAACAAUGUACAAGUCUGACAACGUUGACAGCGAAGGAAUGUAACCUUUUUGGGUCUAUUCCAGAUGUUUUUGGGUCGUUACCAAGUUUGCAGAAUUUGAGGUUGAGUUAUAAUAAUUUUACAGGGGCUUUGCCACCUUCUUUUGCGAAUUCUGGGAUACAGAAUUUGUGGUUGAAUAAUCAGCAAAAUGGGUUAACUGGGAGCAUUGAAGUGAUUGGGUCGAUGACUCAGUUGGCUCAGGUUUGGCUUCAUAACAAUGAGUUUACAGGCCCUAUACCCGAUUUGACAGAAUGUAAGAGCAUUUUUGAUUUGCAGUUGAGGGAUAAUCAGUUGUCAGGGAUUGUGCCUGCGUCGUUGGUUUCUUUGCCGAAGUUGGUGAAUGUUUCUUUAUCUAAUAACAAAUUUCAAGGCCCUGUGCCUCAGUUUCCGUCGUCGGUUACCAAGGUUGACAAUGAUGGAAAUAACAAAUACUGUGCACCUCCUGGGGUUUCUUGUGAUGCACAGGUGAUGACAUUGCUUGGAAUUGCUGGAGGUUUUGGGUAUCCGUCGAUUUUAUCUGAUGGCUGGGAUGAUAAUAAUGCUUGUGAUUGGGCCUUUGUUACUUGUGAUGUUGACAAGAAGAAUGUUGUUACUGUGAAUUUGGCAAAGCAGCAUUUUCCGGGGAGUAUCUCCUCAUCAUUUGCCAAGCUCACUUCUUUAAAAAAUUUGUAUCUCAAUGACAAUAACCUGACAGGUUCAAUUCCUGAUAGCUUGACCAAGUUGCCGGAGCUAGUAACCUUUGAUGUAUCCAAUAAUAACCUAUCUGGAAAAAUUCCAAAUUUUCCAGCGUCUGUGAAAUUUAUUACAAAGCCGGGGAACCCUUUUUUGGGGACAAAAGUAGACACUGGUGGAGGAACUACUACCUCAAGCGAUGGAGGAACCACCAAGAUAUCUGGAGGUAUGAUUGCAGGCAUCAUUGUUGCUGCUGUCAUUUUUAUUGCUGUUCUGUCAUUUGUUUUAUAUAAAUAUAGGAAACGACCUCGAAAAUAUGAGAAGAAGGUGGGAUGGGAUAGUGGAAAGGCGCUUUUUAAUAAUGGAGUUGCAGGUGGAGGGUAUAAUGAAGUUUCUAUUGAAAUGAGCAGCCAGAGCAGUGUUGGUGAAAAUGGCAAAAAUAUUUUGGAGGAUGGGAAUGUCGCUCUGCCCAUUGAAGUUAUUCGACAAGCGACAGAUAACUUUCAUGAGAUUAAUAUUACCGGAAGAGGUGGUUUUGGAGUGGUUUAUAGAGGAGAGUUGCAUGAUGGCACUAAGAUUGCUGUGAAGAGAAUGGAAUCCACAGUGAUGGGUACCAAAGGUAUGAGUGAGUUUCAAGCAGAGAUUGCAGUGCUUACAAAGGUUAGGCACAGACAUCUAGUUGCUCUUUUAGGGUAUUGCAUAAACGGCAACGAGAGACUCUUGGUCUAUGAGUAUAUGCCACAAGGAACUCUUGGACAGCAUUUAUUUGAAUGUCACGAUCAUGGGUACACUCCACUUACGUGGAAGCAGCGGAUCACAAUUGCAUUGGAUGUGGCGAGAGGAGUUGAGUAUCUGCACAGUUUAGCACAGCAGAGUUUCAUUCACAGAGAUUUGAAACCUUCAAACAUUCUUCUCGGGGAUAGCAUGAGAGCCAAAGUAGCAGAUUUUGGUUUGGUUAAAAAUGCACCAGACGGGAAGUAUUCUGUGGAAACACGAUUGGCGGGCACGUUUGGUUAUCUUGCACCUGAGUAUGCUGCUACUGGAAGAGUGACGACGAAGGUGGAUGUUUAUGCCUUCGGAGUAGUUCUAAUGGAGAUUAUAACUGGCAGAAAAACACUGGAUGACACCAUGCCAGACGAGGAGGCUCAUCUAGUCCCAUGGUUCCGCAGGAUCCUGAUGACAAAGGAGAACAUUCCAAAGGCAAUUGAUGAGUCUCUAAAUCCAGAUGAAGAGACAUUAGCCACCAUUUAUACAGUGUCUGAAUUAGCAGGACAUUGCACUGCUCGGGAGCCACAUCAGAGACCGGACAUGGGGCAUGCAGUGAAUAUCCUGGCACCUCUUGUAGAGCAAUGGAGGCCAGCAAGCCAACAAGACCAGAGUUUUGACAUUGACCAUGACACCAACCUUUCCGAAACUCUGCGAAGAUGGCAAAGUGAAGAAGGUGCUUCCAUGAUAUCUGAUGAUGCUUCCUUCUCUCGGACUCAGUCAAGUGUUCCCUCCAUGCCCUCUCGUUUCGCCAACACAUUUACUUCAACUGAUUGUCGGUGAUAAAAGGGCAUGAUGACCCUUCUGAAGAGAAGAGGCGGAAAGGUGAAGGCUAGUGAAGUUUAUCAAACGCUUCAUUGUAUUUGUAUUUACUUUUUUUCCCAUUAUUUUCAUGAUUUUAUUUGUUCCAUAGCUGAACAUUAGAGCUACGAUAGUAUUUUUCUUUUCUUUUCUUUGUAAUAGUCACUGUGACUAUUCAAAUCAGAAAAAGAGGAGAGAAAGAGGUGAUUGUAUAAUACUUCUGGCCUUAUUUUCAUUAGUAUA